CCUCUCCCGAUCAUCUCUUUCUUUCAUUUUAAAUUAAUGUUUUAUUUCGAUCCUUUCCAGCAACCUCUUUUUAUUUUCCGGUAGGGUUCUUUGUGGUGAUUAUGAUCUAGGGAAGCGCCGUUAAUAGGAUUUAAGAAGCAACAUGCGAUGGGAUGACCCAGAACUUGAAGCCAUCCGAAAUAGAAGGAUGCAAGAGAUGAUGGCUCAACAAGGCAUUAGAAAUCAGCAAAAUGAAGGUCAACAAAAAGCACAAGAAGAUGCCAAGAGGGAAGCUGAGGAACGGAGACAACUUAUGCUUAGCCAAAUAUUGUCAGCUCAGGCAAGAGAAAGGCUUGCCAGAAUCGCAUUAGUGAAACCUGACAAGGCGAGAAGUGUGGAGGACGUUAUUCUUAGAGCAGCUCAAAUGGGUCAGAUAAGUGAAAAGGUUUCUGAGGAAAAACUCAUUUCACUUCUUGAGCAGAUUAACACCCAAACCACCAAACAGACCAAAGUCACUAUUCAACGACGCCGGAGCGUCCUUGAAGAUGAUGAUUAAGGGGCUACUGAUGUGUGUAGGUGAUUUAUAUCUGUUAUCUGCUUCCAUACAAUUUUUUUUUGUCUGAAUUUUACCACACAAUGCUUGUUUUUGAAUUAUCAAAUGUAAUGUUGAUGUGCCUUCUUGGUUUGCUCUUGCUUGCAUGUUAUCCCUUUCUUUGUAUAAUGCAAAUUAUUGCUCAUUCAUUAUCUUGGUAACGUUAU